AUGAUGCUUCGGAGCAGAAACAGUAGUAACGUGAACAUUGUGAACAACCAAAAACCAGGAGAAGUGAAACGCGGAAAGAAACAGUCGAUUUUACCCGGUGAUGACCCGCUCGAGCCUAAGGCUAAACGACCUGCAUUCGCUGACCUUAGCCGGGUCAGUAGCCUCUGAUG